UGCGCAACACCAUCAACUAUUUUAUAUGGCCGUGCAUCAGGUGGCCGAGGAACUGAACUCCAGCUUGUGAUGGUAGUUCUGCUUCCGUGCAUAAAUUAGAUCACCUUGUAGAUUUAUUAUAAAGAGAACAAUGUGUAGGCUAGGACUAUGUCCAUAAAAUAGUAGUGGCAGUCGCAGUCCCAAUGUCACACGGCCGGGCAGUCUGUUUUGGAGACGAGACUCGUCGUCGUUGGCUAUUAAUAACUCUGGCGUUGACACCAGUGAGUGAACUGUCCGAAGCAUUCUGUGCGCAGUAAUCUACCGCGCGCUCCUGUAAAGAAAAAAAGUCGCGUGCCUGUUGCCUCAUCGAAUAACGGAACGACAAUAGAGUCUAAAAUAAGGUUUUGGUGAGUGGUUGGUCAUGCCUGUCCCUCCACCACCUCCGCCGCCCCCACCCCCGCCUCCUCCUCCUCCUUCAUGUCCUCCUCCGCCAUCCCCUCAGAUAGCCGCCUCCCCACCUCCACCACCACAGCUGAGCCUCUAUGCUGCCGUGUGCUCGUCAUCCGAGUCAGUGGGAGGAGGAGGAGGCCGCAACGCUCUCCUGGCCGACAUCCAGAAAGGCUUCCGACUCAAGAAGGUCGCGCAGGUCAACGACCGCAGCGCCCCUCAGCUCGAUAGCAAGUCCAAAGGGGCAGGUGGGGGCACAUCAGGUGGAUCAGGCCCAGGGACAGGCUCUUCAUCUGGGGGAGGGGCGCCGUCUCUUGGGGGCCUGUUUGCUGGAGGCUUCCCCGUGCUCCGGUCGGUGUCUAAAGGAGAGUCCAGAGUACCCCAACAUAAUCCUGUAUCCCGCUCCGGUUCCUCUCUGAGCCUGAGGCAGCCACUAUGGAACCCCCCCAUGGGUUCCGGCGACUUCCGGGGCAGCGCUCCGGACCUCUCCAGCGCCGCCCCUGGUGCCACCACCCCCAACUCCUCCACCACCACCCCGACCACCACUACCCACAAGCCCCUGGAGCGCAGAUGGUCCCGGCCCUCUCCGAACACCACAGCACCACCCCAACCCCCACCGCCUCUUCCCACCUCCGCUCCCCCUUCAAGACCGCUGUCCAUGUCAGGUCUCCCUCCACCUCCACCAUCACUGUCUCAUCCCCACCCCCAGCCCCAGUCGCUCUCACACUCCCACUCCCACCAGUCAUUGUCACAGUCCAGAUCACUGUCCCGGUCCCAGUCGCUGUCUCACAGGCAGGGCGACGACAAACCAAAGAGCUACCCACCUCCUCUGCCCUCCUGCCCUCCCCCUCCUCCUCCACCCGUGGCCACCUACAUCACCAGGCCCAACUGGUUACCUGUCCAGCAGCCUCCAGUCAUGCCCUCCACUCCCCCGCCCCCUCCACCACCGCCACCGCUACCAGCAGCCCCGGCACCUUCCCUGCCAUCGGCGCCCCGCUCCCUUCCGGAUCAUUCCACAGGGGUCUAUUACGCCUCGCACCGGCUCUCUGGCCCCCCGGAGAUGUCGGACGGGGGAGAUAUGUACCCGCCACCGCCCCCACCUCCGCCUGCGUCCUACACCCCCAGCUGUCCGACCUACCUGCCACCACCACCUCCUCCACCUCCUCUUCCGUCCUCUGCUCCCUCCAAACUGCCCCCCGGCCCAGGUCACCACCAGUCCUCCUCCUCCUACAGGCCGGCCGUGCCCCCCCUGCCCCCCAGCUACCCCACCACUGCCCCCUGCAGGAGACCCCCUGCCGUGCCAACCUUCACAGGUCCUGGGAGGCUGGGCGUGCCUCCUGCUCCGCCUACCAGAUCUCCGUCCACAGAGCUGUCCGGCAGCUACACCCACCUGCCUCCUCCGCCUCCCCCUCCACCCCCCAACUUCCACGCCACCUCUUUCCAAGCCAUGCCCACCAGCCACGGGAAUGGCCUCUUGCACAGCCUGGAUGACUUCGAGUCCAAGUUUCAGUUUCACCCCUUGAAGGACUUGCCCCCACCCAAGGAGUUCUUUGCUUUUCCUCGGAUUUACCCAAGCAAAAUGAAUCGAGUGUCACCAAAUCAACCACCAAUCAGGACCCAUCUGAGGUGAAUCCCUCUGGAGGUGAACACUCGUUUCCAUGGUGUCCAUGGUGACCCAUCCACGGUGCUCCUCUGACCCAACCCAGCUCCUCUGAUAUUCAUCUCCUCCCCACAGCAAAACUGACCUUGCCUGGCUAUCGCCACUUUAACUCUCUGUGAGUGUUGGUCUGGACAACUCAGCCUGUAACCCCACUAUUAUGAGGGAGGUCCUAUAACCCCUUGGACAUCCCUUUCAGAGACCAGGUCUAACUCGUGUUAAUGAAAUGACUCUGUAUCCUACUAGUCCAGUCGUUCUCAACCUUUUUUGAACAAACGCCCCUUGACCUCAUCCUAAGCCUCCUAACGCCACCUUGACCUCAUCAUAAGCCUGACAACGCCCUCCUUAGUAGGUUAUGUAAAAAAAAAAUGGACUAAUGUUCCCCAAUGGCAACUAAGCACCGCCCCAUCUCAGCUGUAUCCUUCUCAACGCCCCCCUAGAGCUCCCCAACGCCCACUUAGGGGCUGUGCCGCCCCCGUUGAGAAACACCACACUAGUCAAAGCUACAAUUACUCAAGAUCACUGCUUCCUAUUCACUCAUCUGUCAACGGAACUAGUAUGUCAUUGCCUUAACACCCCCCUUCGAUUUGUUGGAAAUGCUCAAAUUUAAUUGGUCUCGAAUCCUGAUGCAGAAUAUCAGAGCUGGAAGGCUUGGCCAGACUAACUUGACUCACAAAAUGUUCAGCAACUGGAAGUAAGGCUAGGGCUGGCCUCCAUCUACGGUCAAACUCUUACUACUAAACUCCAUCAUCUCCUUUUAUUAUUACUGUUGAUGUAAUUACCACUCCCAUUGUCUGCUUUAAACAAUCAGUACCUAUCUAUAUCUUCCCAGCCCUAAAGCACAAACCAAAGAAUGCAGUGCACACAGUAGGAAGGUGAACGGGGUGUGAACAAAUGCAAUGUGGAGAUGAAUGAGUUGUAAAUGCCGUUGACUUUGAACAGACAAGUGGAAGUUCAAGGCUGUCAUCAGAAGCCAAUUAUCAUUCACGCCAUUAUUGUGAGGCCUUUCGUUAACUAGCGCUCAGGUGUACAGAAGUUUAACUCUGUAGUUGUACAAUCGGAACUGUUUAAUAAUAACCAAUGAAUUUUCAGUUUAGCUUUAACAUUUUUUUGAUUGUCCUCUCAUCUAUUUCAAAACCUAUGGUAUCACGUUGCUAUAAUAGGGACUCUUCAUGCAUAGAAUACACACAUGUAUGUUUCACCUGUUGUGACUGAAAAAGUUGACAUGACCUUCGUUCUGUAUGUUUGUGUGACAUGUUGCAUCCUUGUGACAGAAUAUUAAUUGUCUUUUGUAUAUAUUGUUGUAUUUAACUUUUCUGUGCAGUACAGUAGCAUUGUGUUCUUGAUACCACCUUUUUAAAGGACAAACCCAAAA